UAUUUAUCGCUAGGCAGUGUGCUGGUCUGCUCUGGUUCGGGGUCCUGUGAAAGGCAGAAGCACAACGUGAUAGCCAUGCCGAAAUCAAAGAGGGACAAGAAAAUCACUUUAACUAAAACGACCAAGAAAGGGUUAGAAUCCAAACAGAAUUUAAUUGAAGAGCUACGGAAAUGUGUGGACACGUACAGACACAUCUUCAUCUUCUCUGUUGCGAACAUGAGGAAUAACAGGUUAAAAGACAUUCGGACUGCAUGGAAACACAGCAGGUUCUUCUUUGGGAAAAACAAAGUCAUGAUGAUUGCCUUGGGAAAGGGCCAUGCAGACGAGUACAAGGACAAUCUACACAAGGUCAGCAAGUACCUAAAAGGUGAAGUUGGUCUGCUGUUCACCAACAAAACAAAAGAGGAAGUCCAGGAGCAUUUCAGCCAGUUUAAGGAGAUGGACUUCGCCCGGUCCGGGAACAAGGCCAGCCUGGCAGUGACUCUGGAUGAAGGGCCCUUAGAGCAGUUUCCUCACUCCAUGGAGCCACAGCUCAGGCAGCUGGGACUGCCCACGGCGCUGAAGAAAGGGGUGGUGACGCUGUUGUCGGAUCAUGUGGUGUGUAAGGAAGGGGAUGUCCUGACCCCUGAACAGGCUCGGAUUCUGAAACUCUUUGGGAUCAAGAUGGCUGAGUUCAAGGUGCUGGUUAGCUGCAUGUGGAUCGCGGAGUCUGGGGAGUUUGAGAAGAUGAGCGAGGAGGGAGUGGAGGAGGAGGAGGAGGAGGAAAUGGAUGACGCAGAGGAGGAAGACGAUGAAUAAGAUGCAAUAAAGACUGUAUUUAAAACACCCAACGCGUGCCACCUGGGCUGCAAAAUACUUGGUUGUCAGUGCUCUCUGAAAACCAUUCUGAUUUUUUUAUGUAAGAAGAUAAAGUCCCCUUCUGUUGGACUGAUUGCAUUGCUCAUGAGCACCGUGUCCUGCAGACUGGUCCGUCACACUGUGUCUGAGUGUAGUUUCAGUACACGGCACAGUUGUUUUUAUAGUUCACCGUUACUGAUCCUGAUCUGAGGUUAUCUGGAGCAGCUGAAUUUAACGACUGCCAGCCUUGUUUGUUUUCUUUCUGUAAUUAUUAUUAUUUUUUUUUUUUUUUACACUUUUGAGUUUGCAGUUGCAGCUUGUGCGAAUGAUGGCUGCAGAACUGGAAAUCUGUCUUUAGGUUAAUAAUAAGAGAAUCUCUUUCAGAUCUCAAGUUAUGUCGGGGACACAAACCAGAACAACAGUGCCGCGUUACACCCACGUUACCCGGAACUCACUAUGAACGUGAUUCAUAUUUAUAUAAUACAUGAUCUUUAGCAACACGAUUAAUGAAAGGAUUGCUACUGCUCAGGGUAAAGUUUGGAUACACUAACAGGUAACAGAUUUACUGUCGAGUAAGCCAGAGUGUGGAUGGGUUCUCCGCUAGUUAAUCUACAGGCAGGGCUGGAGAGUCUUCACCCACACUGGAAUGGACUGCAGCCCACAGGACUUUGUAAAACUGAAACAAAUGGAAAUGUUUGUUGUGGGUAUACUUAUUGUAUAAUGGUUCUAGUUUCACAGGCUCCUGUUUAGCGUUAAUAUGGAACCACGUGAUAUAGGUAUUUCAAGGUAAUCAGGUUUUGUGAAAGUGGAUGUAAAUGUACAGUACAGGGAGUGUUUGCAACAUAUUUCUCUUUUCACAAGCUGUGAGAAAGCAACUCGAACCAGUUAUCAGUUCGCCAAUUAAAACAGCACCAAUAAACUCAAUGAGAACCUUU